AAAACAAUAUAAAUGGAGAACUUAGUUAAUAUUAUCCAAAGUUAGCAAUAGCACAUUGUAGUUUUUACACAAUGGCUUUGAUAGCUAAGACAUUUCAAAUAAUUAACUCGUAUUUCAAUGAAAACCAAGAUCCACGAGUUGCAGAUUGGAUAUUGUUAUCUAGCCCUGUAUACACUGUUACAAUAUGCUUAGUUUAUUUAUUGUUUGUAAAGGUUUUGGGGCCUGCAUUUAUGAAAAAUAGGAACCCCUUCGAAUUAAAACACACUUUGACCGUUUACAAUGCAUUUCUAGUGUUAUUCAACUCUUGGUUGUUUUAUGAGAUUGGAAUGAGUGGAUGGCUUACAGGAGAAUACAGUUUUAUAUGCGAACCUAUGGAUUAUUUAUAUAAACCUAAAAAUCUGAGGAUGGUAAAUGUCCUGUGGUACUUUUUGGUCUCUAAAUUUAUUGAACUUCUCGAUACAGUAUUCUUCGUGGCACGAAAAAAGUAUAAUCAAAUCACUACACUCCAUAUUAUUCAUCAUACCAGUGUCCCGAUGUCGGUUUGGCUUGGAAUCAAAUACACACCUAUGGGCCACGGUACAUUUUUCCCAUUAAUUAAUUCAUUUAUUCAUAUUAUAAUGUAUGGCUACUAUAUGUUAAGCGCCUUUGGACCAUCGAUACAAAAAUAUCUUUGGUGGAAAAAAUAUAUAACUGUAUUACAAAUGGCUCAAUUUGUAGCUCUUGGAAUUCAUACCGGUCAGCUGGCUUUUAUUGAAUGUGACUACCCUCGCGGUAUUAUGACAGUUGUGGGUCUACAAGCCAUCAUGUUCUAUUUCCUUUUUAGAGAUUUCUAUAAAAAAGCCUACAAGAAGAAGCAUACUCAUAAAAUGGAAAAAUUAAAUAAUAACUCGGUAGAAAAAAAUGAAUAAAUACAAAAUUUUUAUAAAAUUAUUUUUUACCCGUCUGUUUUAGUUUGUUGUAUUUAUUUUACUUAUGUUUAAUUUGUAUUAAUAUUAUUAGUGGUCGACGUUGUAAGCCCUUUUUUGCCGGUGUAGCUUCAUUUUUAGAAAUUUUA